CCCGUUUUCAUAGCCGGGACGGUUCUCUCUCAACACCAAAACCACCAUCACAGUAUUGUGUCGUGUGGAAGGAACAGAAACAAAGAUGGCGAGCUUUUUGCGAGCUAGACAGGCGGGGGUUCAGAAUGACCUGUCAGCAGGGAUUCCCCCUGGGUCGUUCAAUCCAGACGAACAGUCUCGAUACGGCAUCAACUCCCAGAUCAGCUGCAUCGCCUACGACCCAAUCCAAUCCCUCCUCGCCGUCGGCACCACCACCUCGCAGUACGGCCCGGCCCAAAUCUACGUCUUUGGCGCCCACCGCGUCUGCCGCACCUUCACUCCCUCCUCCUCCUCCUCCUCCACCACCAGCAACCCGACCCGCAAACCCCGGACCACCCUCUCCUCCUCCUCCACCACUUCAUCCGCAUCCACUCAACAACAGCCCCCCGCCAUCCGCCACCUCGCCUUCGUCGCCAACCGCCUCGUCAGCCUCGACUCCCACAACGAACUCGCCGUCUGGGACCUGGCGUCCUCCGGUAGGCUGGUCGCCAAACACACGUACGGCCGCGUGGUGUGUGUGGUGACGGAUCCGGGGCUGGACUGGGUGCUGGUGGGGCUGCAGAGCGGCGGGGAUGUGUGGGCGUAUGAUUUGGAUCGCGAGCGGCCGGCGACGGGGUUUCGCGUGCCGGGGUUGUGGAAGAGUCCAGGGGGUGGGGGUGGGUUGGGGAUGGGGAUGGGGAUGGUGGGUGUGGUGAGCUUGCAGCUGCAUCCGAGGGAUAUUGGGAAGUUGUUGAUUGGCUAUACGCAUGGCGCGGUGGUGUAUUCGUUUAAGUUGAAUGCGGCGACUAAGUUCUUUGAGUAUGUUUUGCCGAGGGGGGCGCCGGGGGGGGAUGGGCGCGGGGUGGACAGGGAGCGCAGACCGAGGGUGGUGCAGGCGGUUUGGCACCCGACGGGCACGUUUGUGCUGACGGCGCAUGAGGAUGGGAGUUUGGUGUUUUGGGAUCCCAAGGAUGGGCGGGUGGUGGCUGCGCGGUCGGUUUAUAAUACGAGGGUUAAUGAGGUUGGGGGGAAGGCGGCGAAGGCGACGCCGUUGGUGCCGUUUGGGAAGAUCUCGUGGUGCUGCAAGCAGAACCCGGAUGAUACGGCGCUGUUGAUUGCGGGCGGGCAGGCGGUGGAUGAGGAGCAGAAGGGGUUGACGUUUUUGGAGUUGGGACCGACGCCUACGUACGCGACUUCGUCGUGGGAUAUGCUCACGAGCCACUUCGAGGCCAAGAGGCGGCUGACCCUGCCGAUACCGCCCGGCGCCGCGGUGGCGGACUAUUGUCUGAUUCCGCGGUCGUCGCCGUAUUUCGAUGGUGCGCAGGACCCGAUCGCCAUCCUGGUCAUGCUCACCUCCGGAGAGGUCAUCACCAUGAGUUUCCCGUCGGGGUACCCCGUCAGCCCGACCAACAUGCUGCACCCGAGCAUGUCGUUUGUGCAUCCGUUUGUGCAGAAGAUUGCCGUCACCUCGAUGCCGCGCGAGAGGUGGCUGGCCCUGACCGAGACGCGCAACCACGGCGACCCAAUACUGAUGGGCGGCGCGCCGGCUUCGAAGAGGAGAAGAGUCGGCUGGGAUUUCCGCAACAUUAUCCAGGUCGCGCACGCCGACAGUACGAUCCGCAUGUGGGACGUUGGCUACAACGACGACGUUGAGAACCCUAUGCAACUACAAGUGGACAUUGCCAGGGCGCUCGACCGCUUUGAGGACGUCAACGUCACGGCUCUUGAUAUGGCUGGCGCCACCGGGGAGUUUGCCGCUGGCACGAGGAAGGGAGAAGUCGUCAUUUACAAAUGGGGAAUGAACAGAAGCUUCGGCCAUGACGCCACGAAACCCCUUAACUCGAACCCUGGGGGGUUAACGGACAUCUCCUCGCGUGCGGAGCCGACACUUAAGGAGGGCCUGCAGCCAUUUGUUCUCUACGAGAUGAUGCAAGGCCCUGUCAGCGUGAUCACGGUCUCCGACGUCGGGUUCGUCGCCGUGGGCUCCGAAGGCGGCUUCUUCAGCAUCAUUGACAUGCGUGGGCCGAGAGUCAUCUUCCAGGCGUCCGUCACGGACUUUAUCAAGGAGGAGAAGCGGUCAUCGUUUCUCAAAGGGCACUCUUCCAAGGCGUCGUCCGGGACGAAAGAAUUCCCGACGGCCAUCGAGUUUGGCGUCUUGACUCUAGAAGGAGACGGUUAUUCUAGCAUUGCGUGCUUUGUCGGGACGAGCCUGGGGCAUGUGGCUACCUUCAAGAUCCUUCCCUCGGGGCAGACGUACUCGGCGCAGUUAGCGGGCGUGUCCAAGUGCGGUGGUGACAAGGUCAUCUCGAUCAACCCGCUGAAUUCGGAGACCGGGCAGCCGGCCAGUGCAACCGCCGUUUCGGUAGGAAGUCUGAGGGAGGGCCGGCAGGUAAACGGUGUUCUGGUCGUCGUGACGCAAACCGAGAUCCGCAUCUUCAAGCCCGCCACCGCAAAAGGCGCAUCCAAAUCCUUCGACGACCAAUUCUGCGACGCCGCGCGCGUGACCGAGAUCCCGCGCGUCGGCGUCGCCCUCGUAGCCGUCUUCGGCGACCGCACGACACGCGCCUACACGCUCCCAGGUCUCAAAGAGAUCGGCCGCUCCGCACUGCCCAUGCUCGACCCGGCGCGCACCGUGUCGGCCGUCGUCUCGCGCACCGGCGACGUCUUCGGCUGGACGGGCCCCUCCGAGAUCGCCGUCCUGCCCGUCUGGGGCUCCGGCCAGCCGCUCCCGCCCUCGGCCGACUCCCUGAUCAACCCGGACCUCGCCCUCCCGCCCCGGCCCACCAUCAGCAACCUGCAGUGGAUGACCGGCACCCAGUACGUCAGCCCCACAGACCUCGACCUGCUCAUCGGCGGCGAGGGCCGCCCGCCGAGCAAGCGCAUGAUGGAGGCGGCGGCUGCGGAGAGGGGGUUGGCUGGCUCUGGUGGUGGUGGUGGUUAUGGUGGUGGUGGUGCGUCCGGCGCGAGGGCGGGGACUGCCCAAGAGGGCUGGGGCCAGUAUCUGAGCCGCCAGCUCAAUGAGCGCACCGAGAAGUUGACGAUUGUGGAUGAUGCGAUGAAUCGGCUGCAGGAGUCGAGCCAGGGGUGGGCGGAUGAUGUGAAUAAGUACGUCAAGAAGCAGAAGAGGGAUAUGUUGUUGGGGAGUGUGAAAAAAUCGUUCUUUUGAGG